GCGGAGGGACCGAGACGUUUCCCCCGCGCACCAGACACUCUCGCGCUCUGCAAGGCGGGUUGUGUUUGUCUGUGUGUGUCGGUCUGUGCCUUCAAGUCGAUUCACAUUUCUGCGGGAGUCGGUGUGUUUUAUCGCCGGUGCAAGCAGCUCGUCAUGUCGGACACGUGGAGCAACAUCCAGGCUCACAAGAAGCAGCUGGACUCCCUGCGGGAGAGGCUGCAGCGGCGGCGGAAGGACCCUGCGCAACUGUCCGCGGAUGGCGGAAGCAGCGCAGAGACUUCCACGGCUCGGAGCGACAGCCCAGCUCCAUCCACUCCUGUCACGUCUCCGGAGCCGACAGAGAAACCACCAGAUCCUGAACUGGAGAAGAGGCUAUUGGGAUAUCUGUCGGAUCUGAGUAUCUCACUCCCUGCGGACUCUCUCGCAAUCAUGAAUGAACUCAACAGCUCUGCAUCAGCUGUUAGUCACGGGUGCAUCGUGAGUCUCCUGCUCAAAUUCUCAGCUCAGGAGCUCAUCGAGGUCCGACAAUCCACCUCAGCAUCCUCCUCCUCCUCUGCCUCAGCCUCCUCCUCCUCUGCCUCCUCCUCCACGGUCGUCAUAGCUGUGGACCACACAAAACUAUGGGCUAUGAUAGGAACUGGGGCUGGAGCCCAACGGGCCAGCGUCAAGAGAAAAGCAGAGGAUCAAACCCACAACAAAAGAACUGCGGGCUUCUCGCCCUUGCUACAGAGAGCUGCUUCUCCGCCACGCGCAUCCGCCACCUCUAUCACGCCAGCUUCCACCACACCGCUGGCAGGGCCUUCAGCAUCGGGGAGCGGGGCUGAGAAGAAGGGCAGGAGCAGUAAGAGCCAGUCGUCUCAUGUAGACAUGGAGAUCGAGAGCCUCUUGAACCAGCAGUCCACAAAAGAGCAGCAGAGCAAGAAGGUGAGCAGAGAGAUUCUAGAGCUGCUAAAUGCCAGCACAGCCAAGGAGCAGUCCAUCGUGGAGAAGUUCCGGUCCCGGGGCCGAGCUCAGGUCCAAGAGUUCUGCGACUGCGGGACCAAAGAGGAGUGCAUGCGCUCCGGCUACACGCCGCAGCCAUGCAACAAGCUACACUUCCGGCGCAUCAUCAACAAGCACACAGACGAAAGCCUCGGCGACUGCUCCUUCCUCAACACGUGUUUCCACAUGGACACCUGCAAGUACGUCCACUAUGAGAUCGACAGCCCCCCAGAGGCCGAGGGGAGUCUGCUCGGGCCCCAGGCCGGCACCACGGAGCUGGCCCUCCGCACCGAGGACUCAGACAGUGACGAGGGAAAACUCUUCCCUUCACAGUGGGUCAACUGUGAUAUCCGCUUCUUAGACGUUUCCAUCCUGGGUAAGUUUGCUGUGGUGAUGGCCGACCCUCCCUGGGACAUCCACAUGGAGCUGCCCUAUGGAACACUGACUGACGACGAGAUGAGGAAACUCAACAUCCCCAUCCUGCAGGACGAUGGCUUCCUCUUCCUCUGGGUCACCGGCAGGGCUAUGGAGUUAGGCAGAGAGUGCCUCAACCUGUGGGGUUAUGAGCGUGUUGAUGAAAUCAUCUGGGUGAAAACCAACCAGCUGCAGAGAAUCAUCCGCACUGGGAGGACGGGCCAUUGGCUGAACCACGGGAAGGAGCACUGUCUGGUGGGCGUGAAGGGAAAUCCACAGGGUUUCAAUAGAGGUCUGGACUGUGACGUCAUUGUGGCCGAGGUUCGCUCCACCAGUCACAAGCCAGAUGAGAUCUACGGCAUGAUAGAGAGACUCUCACCCGGCACCCGGAAGAUCGAGCUGUUCGGUCGACCCCACAACGUCCAGCCCAACUGGGUAACUCUCGGAAACCAGCUUGAUGGAAUUCAUCUUCUGGAUCCUGAGGUCGUGGCUCGGUUUAAGAAGCGUUAUCCCGACGGCGUCAUCUCCAAACCCUAAAGCGCUCAUUGAUGAGAUCAUCUGUUGGUCAUAGGUCUAGAGAAGUUUGUCUAUAGGUUGUUUUUGUUCUUUUCUUUUUUUUUUAUAUAUCUGGAACUACUUUUUAAAAUAAAAAUUGUGAACAAGUUCA